AUGGGUGAAUCUACAAUGCGUUCCACUACUACUGUCGAGAUUGAUGAUCCGUAUUUUUUGCAUCACUCAGAUAGCCCUGGUCUUGUGUUGGUUUCGCAAAUUCUUAUAGGUGAAAAUUAUGCCUCUUGGAGCAGAACAAUGGAGAUAGCCCUAUCUGUAAAGAACAAAAUUGGUUUCAUAGACGGAACUCUUUCCAAACCGAAUGUUUUUGAUCAACUGAAAGUGAAGUCAUGGAUCAGGAAUAACAACAUCGUUAUUUCUUGGAUUAUAAAUUCGGUAUCCAAAGACAUAUCGGCUAGCAUUAUUUACUCUGAUUCGGCUUACGAAAUAUGGAAGGAACUUAAAGAAAGAUUUCAACAGAGUAAUGGGCCACGUAUUUUUCAAAUCAAACGUGAUCUGAUGAAUCUGACACAAGGUCAAGAUGCUGUGAGUGUCUAUUUCACAAAAUUGAAGGUACUAUGGGAAGAGUUAUCGAAUUACAAUGUUCAUUGUUCUUGUGGGAAGUGCACAUGUGGUGGAGCAAAAGAAAUAGAACACACCAUGAACUUUUUGAUGGGUCUAAAUGAUUCUUAUUCACAGAUUCGAGGGCAAAUACUUUUGAUGGAUCCAAUUYCGCCUGUAAAUCGUAUUUUUUCUCUYGUUAUACAAGAAGAGAGGCAAAGAGUUGUAGGUGUAAACCAACUCCAAAAUCAGUCUAUGGCUCUCAACGUUCGGAGUGCAAAUUUUAACAAGUCUCGUGUAUCUAGUAAUCAAACUUACAGAGGUUUCAAGAAGGAUCAACCACCUUUCUGUACUCAUUGCAAACGAACAGGCCACACUCAAGACAAAUGUUACAAGCUCCAUGGUUUCCCCCCUGGUUAUAAAGUGAAUCAGAAUUCUAGUGUUAAUUCUGUGAUUGAUAACCAUUCUGCUGCUAAUUGUGUCAUAUCUGGACAACAGCCAAAACCUGAUGUUGAAUGA